UACAUCCGUGAUCCGAUCGGAAAUAGGAGAGGAUAAGCAACCUGCUCAGCGGCAGGACUUGUCGAACACCAUGGUACCCUAGCCAGCACUAAAAGGACAGGAAUAACACCACGGGCCAUAUCCUCCACGCGGGGCAGUUCGGUAAACAGCCAGUCUGUGCCGGCAUCUCCGCUUCUGUCUGCGCCGGAAUCCCGUGUUACAAGGAUACGGCUAUAUGCCAAGCCGCAGAAAUAAUGCACCACUGCUACUAGAGGGUUUAGCUUUCUCAGAGUGACCGCCUAAAGUGCAAGAUGACGGAACAAAUGGAACAAGAUUCCCCGAUCGAGAAACGGCGAGACAACACUGUGUUCUUACUGAUCGUGAUCAUGUUUCUGAUCGUGGGAAUGGUGGUGCUUUGGGUGGUGAAGGAUAGCGAGAUCUACCGUACCACAGUUCCCGUGUGUACAUCAGAACACGUCACAAUAGACCUUACCGAACCCAAUAUACCGUCCAUUUUCUCCGAUCUUACCCAAAAAGAGAUAGACAACGCCAUACAGCAACUAGAAGAACAUACAGAUUUAAAUCUCCAAAGCGGACCUAACGUCAGCAUUCAGUCCACAUACGUAUUCACAAUCGAGGUGCUCUUGCCGAAAAAGCCGGAAGCUUUGAAAUUCUUGGACGACUAUAAACACAAACCUGGGCGGUUUGCCAAAGCCGUGGUGUUCCGAGGAAAUCUGGCCGAACCCAAAGUGGAGGAGUACGUCAUUGGCCCUUUGCAGAAUAACUCCAACGAUUCUUCACCAGUGAUCGUUACUUUGACAAAAACCAUCCCUUUUGCUUUUAGACCGUUAUCCAGCGUGGAAUUACUGGCAAUGGAGAAGGUGAUACUACCUCUUAUCGAUUUAAAAGCAGAAAAUGUUCUUCUUGAAAGUUUCGGCGCAAAAUUCAUCAAUUGCAGCAAAAGAUGUCUCUCGUAUUACUAUUCACCAGUGUCUACCUCAAACUAUGAUAAACUAACUCGCAACAUUUGGCUGCAUGUCACACAUUUUAUUGAGUACCAUUCCCUGCAUCCUCUCGAAUUCCACCUUCUUGUCAAUUUGGACGGUACGAAUCCCCAAAAUUACCGGAUUGUCCAAGUGUCCUAUAACGCACAGACUUUCAAUUCACUUGAGGACUUUGUUGCAAAAUUCGAGAAAGGAAUGUUACAGAAAAUACAUAUUCAGUUCCCUGAGGUCAAUGAGGAUUUAUACUCCAGCUUGAACCUUCGAGGGGUUCCAUUUCCCAAAGAACCCUCUCGUCGGCCAUUUCAACUCGAGCCGGAUGGGAAACGGUACAAGAUCAGUGGACAGAAGGUUCAUUUUAUGGAAUGGAUAUACCACUACAGAAUGUCAACAACGAAUGGGCCAAUGUUGUUUGACGUGAGAUUUAAACAAAACAGAAUUGCGUAUGAGAUAAGCUUGCAGGAAAUAGCUGCCUUGACAAUCGGCAAAAUACCUUUGCAACAGAACAAUAACUUUGAAACGAGUUCUGGGAUACUGGGCACGGCCUCCCGAGGGCUUGUCCCCGGUGCAGACUGCCCUGAACACGCUACGUUUUUACCGGCUCGGCAUCUUGUCGCCGGAUCGAGAUCGUCCACGGUGUUUCAGAACGCUUUGUGUCUGUUUGAACAGGAGACUGGCAAACCGCUUCGAAGACACCAUUCAUUCUCUAAGAUGGCUGGUAAAUUUUACGGAGGCAUGUCAGAUGAUGUCCUGGUGAUGCGGACAAUCUUAGCUGUAGCGAACUACGACUAUGUCAUCGAUUUUGUUUUUCAUCUCAACGGAGUGUUAGAAGUUAAAUUUGUUCACACAGGGUUUGUGUUGGCAAGAUACAACUUCAACGGGAAUACGUAUUCCGGUUUUCAGAUUCAAGACAAGAUUGCAAGUGACAUUCAGUAUCAUAGUUUAAAUUUUAAAAUAGAUCUAGAUAUACGUGGGAGGAAGAACUCCUUUUCAACCAUUGAGCCUGAGAGUUUAUCCAGCGAUACCCCUGGGCUUAACGCUUCCAAAGAGGACAGGUUUACCACAGUUAUCAAAAUAUCUGAACAACAGGCCAAGUAUGGUUUCAGAGACGAGAUGCCAAAGUAUCUUUUAUUUUACAAUGAGAACGAAAAAAACAAGUAUGGUUAUCCGAGAGCUUAUAGACUCCAUUUAUCUGAAACUGAUAAAGCCAGCGUUCCUAAAACAAUCGGAAACAAAAAUUCUGUGUCUUGGCUCAGUUACAGACUUGCGGUCACCAAAUACAAGAGAGCCGAGAGUCGCAGUAGUUCUCCAUAUUCAGCCUGGGAUGCUGUAAAACCUUCAGUCAACUUUGUGUCUUUCGUUAACGACGAUGACAACAUUAAAAAUGAAGAUCUGGUAGCCUGGGUGACCGUGGGGACUUACCACAUCCCCCACACAGAGGACCUACCCACCAUGGCGACACCGGGGCGUCGUAUGGGAUUUGCUCUCAUACCACACAAUUACUUCGCAGAGGACCCGUCCAUGUCGUCUAGGAACUCCAUCAGGGUAGACAUGACAGACAAAGCGGAAACGGGCAAUAGAACGGUCAGAGUACAGCGCUACUCCGUACCCAAUGACGUCAGAUGCGUGGGAAACGCCACCGACUUCUACGACCUAGUCGCCGAAGAUAGCCAGCUGUUAUUUGUCGGAGACGAAAGUUAACAUGGACAUAGAGGCAUCCAAAUUUAAAUUUGUGUCAGAUGAAAGGCCAUACUAGUUUUUAUUCUCUUCCAUCUCUUUGCUCACGCAAAAUAUGGCGCAAACAAAUUAUUUUCUAAGAUGGAAUGUUUAACCAUGUUUCACCAUUUCCUUUUUCACACUCCCAUGAGCGGUAACGGUGAAUGGGAAAUCAUUAGAACCAGAUUACAUUCUCUCAACAUCUAGAUUCAACUAAUCCACAUAACUCCCAACAGAAUUUUGCUGAAUUGUUACAUAUUGAAAAUAAUCAUGAAAAACAUGGUAAAAUUGGAAGAGUACUAAUUGAUAUUAUCUGUACAGGUUUUAGUUUAAGUUGAGACGCCCUAUAAAUUUCAAACUAUCCUUGCAUAGUAGUCCACAAUAAGAAAAGAAAGAAGCUUCUGGUGA